CCUCCAACGACGGGAGGCGCUGUGUGCGGCUCUGGUUGAGUCUCUGUGGCCGAGGUCAAAGGUCAGGACAGCCCUUCUGCUGCUCGGUGGAAAGUCACCGUGAAGAAACCAGCAGGAGGACAAGUAUGGAGAUAGAUAAGUGUUGACAAUAACUAGAGUUAAUGUGCAUCUACUCGGGUUGCGGUGCUUCAAACGACAGGACGGAGAACUGGUGAGCAAAUCCGUGCCAUGUGCUGCAGCCCUCUGCCAGCUGAGGCGUAAUGCAUCCAGAGCAGCCCAGAACGGGCUUCGCCCCGUGGAGACGGCGGGCAGAUUCUGCGCCCCGGGGCACGCGGAGCACCGGCCUACUGCGAGGCCUCAUCCAGAGGGUCGGGCCUCCUUCCUUCUGCCCCCUGCUCCCCAGGGUCCAUGCAGCUGAUGUGGCUGCUGCCCAGCCUGCACAGAUGCCCUCCUCUAUCGCCUCCUCAUCCACCAGUCCUGCACCCAUCCUCGCACCCAGCAGCAUGCCAAGCAACAUGGGCAAGCCAGAAUUCCCAGAUUCAGGAUGGGACCGUAUCAAGGACCUCUUUGACACAGACGUGACACAGCGGUACCCUGAGGAGCUGACCAACGUGAUAAAGAGCGGCGUAGCUGGCGCUCUAGCUGGCCUGCUCUACGGCGGCCUGCCAGCCGCUCGCCAUGCCAGGCAGAGGUACAUCCAAGUCAGCCAGGCGGAAAUCUAUACUAGCAGAGUGGAAGCAGUGCGCUCAGCCCAUAAUGCAGCCAUCCGGGGUUUUGUGAGAUACGGAUGGAGAUGGAGCUGGAGGGUGGCUGCUUUUGUCACCGUGUUCAACUCUGUCAGCACAGGGCUCUCUGUGUACAGAGACAAGUAUACUAUCAGCCACUACGCUGUGGCUGGAGCAGUGACUGGAGGUCUCUUCAGACUGAACCUGGGUCUGGGAGGCCUGGUGGCAGGAACAAUCAUCGGGGCAGUGCUGGGGAUCCCCACUGGAGCGUUGAUCAUCAGCAUGCAGUCGAUUGCAGGAGAAACUGCCAGAGAGAGGAGGAGGAGAGAGCGCAGGGAACUUUUUGAGCUCAGAAUCAAAGAAUGGACCGCCCGUCUGCACCUGACAGACGAGUUGAUCGGAGAUCUGAAUGUCAGCUCUCAGGCAGGGGGAACCAACAAGGACAUGCAAAGGAUCCAGGAGCUGCUCAGUUUACCACAGAACGAGGAUGUGACUCAGACCUCACCCAGCCAUUGACAGUAGCUGCCUGUUAUCUGUUGGACAUUGAAGGUGGGACGUCACACAACUGGGCGGAUGAAAGGGUCACUUCUUUACCUGGACACACACCCUUCUCUCUACUGAAUGGAAACCACUUCACAUCCCAAAUACAAAGACAACAUUGUGCCUCACCAACUACUGUCCUGUGUACUUCUACAUCUAUCUUUGUGAUGACCACUUUGAGUUUUAGAUAUAGGGAGUAAGGUCAUUUUGGGAAAGUGAGGAUAUUUUCACAAAGAACUGUUUAAAGGUAAAGGUGUGGAUUGGUUUACGUUCAGGGUAAGGGCUGGAGCUAAGCAUUCAGUUGUUAUUAAGGGUCAUGGAAAGGCAUUAUGCCUCAGAGGGUCCUCAUCAGUAUGGAUGUUUCAAGGGGGAAAAACAAUGAUGCCGGUUCCAUUUCUCAGCAGACCGUCUUUUACUGAAUGUUAGUGAAAUAUUUUCUGUUUACGGCUACAAAAACAUUUUUCAUAUUACUGUAAUUGAAAUCUCCCACCAUGUUUUGUUCAAAUACAGCUUCUGAUAAAGCUUAACAUUUCAUAUUGGCAUCCUCUUAAAAUUCCAUAUUGUUAUUGUGAUUAUAACGCUUUAAUUGGGUAAAAUCUAAAUCACAAAGUUGCCAUUGUAAGGGAUACAACUUAAUAAACAUCCUCAACUGAAAGAAACACACCGUCUCCUAUAUGGUACAUUGAGUUAAAAUAACCAGACAG